CACGUAAAAACACUGCCGUGGCGAAAGAAACGCACGUGCGCGCCGCGCCGCCUAUAUCUUAACUCGUCAGGUGACUCGAAACCAUAUGAGUUGACAUAUUAUAACGCAAUUAUUAAAAAUGAGGGGCAAUUUGCCAGUAUUUAUGCAAAUAUUUUGAUUGCAGAAGUAUGUUGUGUAAAUACUUACUUCAUAAUCUAAGAGUCUUUAUCGAAUAUUUGUUAUUAUACUUAACUGAACAUAAAUAUUUUGUCAUUAUCAUUCAAAUUAUUGCGCGAACUUAUAUAGAGCCAUCUUCAAAAAAAUAAUAAUGGCGACGAAUAUUUAAAAAUGGUCGCAGCGGCCUCUCCGUAUAACGUAAUACGUAAACAAUCGGAGAAUUUGUUUGAGUUGGAUCUGACUGACACAAAUCUGACAAAUGUGUUAUUUUCUUGUUAAAAAAGUUGAAGCAAGAGAAUAAAAUUGAUAAAUACAUUCAAAGUGAUUCGAAAACUACGCGCUUGUAUUUAAUGUGUUAAUUUUCGCAUCUUCCAUGCGACAAAUAUAUGUGUCAAAGCAAUUGUCUCCCGCCAAAAAACCGUCAGUCGAAAUGAUGAUCUAGGAUUAAUUGUUUAGUUAGUUCAACUUACUUUAUUGUUAACAACUUGUCCAAUGAAUUUCAUUUAUUUAUUAUAAUGGCUUCAAACGAUGAAGAUGACGUUGAUAUGAAUUCAGUAGAAUUUACUUUGGAGGAUACUUAUGACCAUUUGAAAGACUUGAAACACAAAAGAGAGCAAAAAAUCAAGAAGAUGAUUGAUAUUAUUAAGAAUAACGAAGUGAGAAAAUUAGAGCCCAAUACACCAGCUGAAGAAAUCCGUCUGAAAAGAUUUCGGUUUGUGCAAUCAAUGAGAAAAUUUGUUGCUCUUGAGCAACCACAAAAUCUUCCUGUUCCAAAUACACCUGAUUUUUACGCUGAUGCUUUAAAGGAAUUGGAAGACGAAGUGUAUGCAAUGGAAGAACUCGAUAAGAUCACGGAUGAAGAAAUAGCAGACCUAGAAACUGAUAUUGCUUAUAUGGAAAAGAAAAAAUCGGCUUUCGAACAAAUUGAAGAGACAUCUUUAAAUGCAGCAGACAGUGAAACAACUAAUUAUGAGGCUGAAAUGGUUGUGACCAAACGUCUAUUCCAAGAAGUUAAAAAAGAUUUGGCUACAGUUGUAGAAGCCUUAUUUCCAGGCAAUGUUGGUUUUCAAGAACUACUAUGCGUUCUUACAAGAGCAUUGAGCAAGGGUGGAGAUGACCUGUAUAUUGAUGUUACACCUAAUGUUCUAGAUUUCGUCAACUUUUUACAUGAAGCUGCUAUCAUUCAAUUUCAUCCUAAUGAUGGUACCAAAAUCAAGCUUAUAAAUUUGUAAUGUUUGUAAGUAUACUUUAUGCGGUUAUAUAGACAGAAUUCUGUUGAUAAUUAUAUUUUUGUAGAUACCAUUAAAAAUAAUAAUGGAUUAUAGAUUUAUUUAUAUACAUAUUCUUAAUAAUAAGAAAUAUAAUCAGAAAUCUGUAUAAAAAUUUUGUAAUAUACAUUUUCAACUAUAAAUUAAUUGAA